AUGAUAUCGCUCACACUUCUUUUUUCAGCUCAGUUCACAAUGAAGCCCCUUCUACUUCUGUCUCUCCUAUACUUCUUCCACGAAGUAAGAACGGACAGUGUGAACAACAGGCCGAUUAUAGGAGUAUUGGCUCAGGAGCAGUCUGCGUAUCUCCAUACGAAGUAUCCGGAGGAGAAUUAUACUAGUUACAUCGCUGCUUCUUAUGUGAAGGAUGUGGAGGCGGCUGGCGCUAGAAUCGUGCCUAUUAUGAUUGGUAAAUAUCGUGCCUACUAUGCAGAUAUCAUGUCCAAGAUAAACGGGGUCCUCAUCCCCGGCGGUGCCACCUAUUUCAACCAAUCCGACGGCUACGCUGACGCCGGCCAGCACAUCUACGAGUUAGCCAUGGAGCUGAACGAUGCUGGAGACUACUUCCCGAUCUUUGGCACCUGUCUCGGCUUUGAGCUGCUGCUGAUCCUGGCUUCAGGACGGGGGGAGCCGGAAAACCGGAUCACUUGUUAUUCUUAUGACAAUUUACCCUUGGAUUUCACUGCUGAUUUCCGUGACAGCAAGAUGUUCAAAGACGCUGAUGAGGAUGUCGUUGAGAUACUCGCAACACAAGAUGUGACCGUCAACGCGCACCAGUUCUGCAUCGUCGAUGAGAACCUGAUCUCCCACAACUUGACUGAGGACUGGCGAGUGACUUCAUACGGUGACGACCACUAUGGCGUUCAGUUCAUCGCAACCGUUGAACAUAAUAGGUACCCCUUCUACGGCGUCCAAUUCCAUCCCGAAAAGAACGCAUACGAAUGGAAACUCAGCAAGAACCAUCCCUCCGACAAAUCAGCUAUUAAAGCAAACCGUUACUUCAUGGAUUUCUUCGUCGACGAAUGUAGAAAGAGUUCCCACGCCUUUGCUAGCGCUGCUGAAGAAAAUCAGUACCUUAUCUAUAAUUAUGAGGCACAUUUCACGGGGGUACUGGGCAGCGCGUUCCAUGAGUGUUACCUGUUUGAACCGAGAGGAACUGUGGCGUAAAAUUGUCAAUAGAUGGC